UGUGCCAGUGUGUGCUGUGUAGCCCCACUCGUGCUGUGUCAGUGUCUGCCAAACACCGAGCGGGCCACCAAGUCGCGCGGCGCUUGUCACCACUCUCCUACCUGUCGUGUCGUUCGGCUUUCGUUCAUCGGCCAGUUGAGAGAAGUGAGAGGGGCACAGCUUGCAGUCCUCUCUGCCUUGCCUAGUCCUCGUACCUUCUACUUUCUGCUUCUCUAAAGUUGACAGUCAACCCACGAAACAGAAGGUAGUGUUGGAAAGUGCGUGUAGUACACACCUUCGCGAGAGGAGGAAAAGUAUUUUCUAAGAGCCGGUGAGGAAGAGGAAACAAUCGUGAAUAUUCUCGGCCAGUGAAUUUAUUCUGCUGUCUCGUCGCAAGACAGAUGGAGUGUGUAGGUCCCUGUGAUCUUCUGACAUGUGAGAAACAUUGAAACAACGCCGACUAGCGGAUGUUUGGAGGGCUCCACUGAUUGUAUCGUUUAUGCGGAUUGAAGUAGCGAAGACUGUACCAACGAUCAUUGACUAGGACAGGAAGAAUGUGUACUCUGAGGUCGCUCAGCUUACUAGGAACUGUGAACUUCGUCACUGGAUUUUGUGUGCAUCAGAAGACGUUGCUUGGCACGCCUCUUGUGUUUACAUACUGAACUCUUGACUGUGUCCUGAGGUGAAGGAGGUACUUAUUUGUUUUUCUCCCUUUCCACUGUGACAACGUACACGCAGACUUUGCUUCUCAUCCCAGAGCAGUUUUCUGACGCGGACAAAGCGACCUCAUAGAUAUCGCCAGUUGAUAGUUUAAUUUGUUUCGUUUGAGGUUGAGGUGUUUUUUGCCCUCUCUUUUCACUCCCAAGUUGGUUAUUUUUGUGGUAUUCUAGAAGGGAAGACAAAUCAUAACGCCGCCAUCAUGAAUAUCUUCGGUUGGCGAAAAAAUCUCAACAUCAGCGAACAGGACCCCACGCAUAAGGUGCGUUACCUAGGCAACGUUCAGACGGCCUUGAUGAAAGGUGAAGGUUGCGUGGACAAGGCGGCUGCCGUGAUCUGGAGCAAUUACAUGCGCAGCGAACACCCGGGCAUCGAGAUGAAGGUCGUCAUCACUGGGUCCGGCAUGAAGGCCUACACAAAGGAGCAAGGGCUGACGGAGUACCGAGCACAUCGCAUCUCUUACUGCAUCGCUCAUCCGGACUACCCAAAACUUUUCGUCUGGGUGUACCGGCACGAGGGCCGGAAGAUGAAGAUGGAAUUGCGAUGUCACGCCGUGUUGUGCAAAAACGAGGCUAAGGCUAAAGCCAUGGCUUUACAGCUGCACGAAAAGCUCAGCUUCGCCCUCAAAGAAUUUCAGCGUGAGAAAAUUCGGAAACAAAACUCUCGUCUCGUCUUGCAGCGCACUAACUCGCUUCCCAAAACCGGGUCUAUUUUGCCCCUGCGCACGCAGCUUUUGAGCACGGCCAACAACUUCCGGCCGCCCGUUUCUAAAUCUCACACAGCGCCCAAACUCGGGGCGAUCACCGAGGACGCGGAGGAACCCGAAGAGGAGUUUGUAGAGGAGGAAGAAGAAUACGAGGAUGAGGAGGCCGUGAACCAGCACAUGGUCAGCACCAAGACCAGCGUGUCUGACGAGGAGGACGAUGAGGAGGAAUACGACGAGAAUUUACCUCCCACCCCCGUCAGCGCCGGACCCUCCCCGCCGCGUCUCCUCCACAAAGGCAAGGAGCAUCAUGAUAUCCUGGAGGCUCUCAACCUCCAAUCAGGAGACGAGUUCCUCCUGGCUCAGCCAAUCAUCGACCUCGAGGUGGGCAACGAUCUGGACGAGCUACGUCGCGACGACGGCGUCCGGUGCUGCCUGCACGAGCGCACAGACUCGGACGAGGAGAGCGCCGAAUCGGGAUUUCACGAUCAGGACACAGGCUUUCCCGAGCAGGAUCCGGGUUUUCCCGAACAGGACCCGGGAUUUCCCGAUCACGACGAUGUUCGCGACGGCGGUGAGGCUAGUGGGAAAGGGAAAGGAAACAUGAAAGCAAAGAGGAUGGGAGGGAAGGAUGAGAGGAAUGGGGUUGAUGAGGAGGAGUUUAAAGACGUUUGUCAUUACCCGUCCCUCGACGGCGAGGAGUCGGAUUCAUCGGCGAACAGUGUCUCGGAGAAAACGAGUUUAUAGCGAAAGCUGAAACAAAACUGUACAGAUUCUUUACAUUGGAUUAACUCAUUUAUUCACUUGUUGUAUUCUAUGGUUCUUUCAUUGAAUUGUCAUGAUGCGCUUACAUUGUACACGUAAUAUGAAAACAUUGUAUGUAAUAUUUUAAAAAAGAUUGUACGUUAAAUGCUCUAGUUAUUAAAACAUUGUACGUUAUAUGAAAAAAACAUAGUACACGUAACAUGGUACGUUUAUUUGUUUCCCUACUACGUUCCAGCACAGGGCAGAUCUGAUUAUUAUCCUGUAUUAUAUCAUAGUAGGCACGAUAACUUCAUGAAUGAAAGAUACAUUUGUGAAAGCCCAUGAGUGCAUGAAUGAUGUUGUAUCUCACUUUGUGUGGAGUUACCCAGAAAGGCCAGGUCAAAGCAGUCUGCCUCCUGAAUAAUUUGAAUUGGGACGAUUAGGACCUAAAGUAUUUACGGUCGUUUAGUAGUCAGUUUGACAGCAGGGGAGUACAGUAGUAUGUUGGUGGUUUAGUUAAGGGAUUGAUGAUACGCAUAUGUUAUUAUUUUGUGUAACCUGUCAAAAAAGAUUGUGUGAUAUAAUUGAGCUGAUUUUGUACGUCGUUCGUUACCUUAUGUAUUGUUCUGUGAUGAAUAGACAGAAUGCAUAGAUAUAACGUUACACAUGUAGAUACGUAGACAAAUUCAUAGUUAGAUGAUAGAUAUAUACAUGCAGAUACAUACGAGGGGAUCAAGAAGUCUUUUUUCUUAAUAUGAAGGAAUAAUGAUAGAGCUUUGCAGCUUGGCACACGUACUUUAUUUCUCUACAUAGUCACCAUGCAGAGUAACGCAUUCUGCCACCUCUCUUUGGCCUUCAAAAGUCCUUGAGAAAAAGAAAGACCCAGAAUAGGCCCCUAACCAGUCUUCUACAGCUUCACUGGCGUCCUCGUCAUGGAAACGACGUCCGUCGAGUGAAUUUUAAAAUUUAGAUUAGGAAACAGAAAAAAAAAA